AUGGACAAUUCACUAAUCACGUCGUACAUCCUAAUAACGGAAAAACUAAAUAGCAAUAAAUUUACGGGGCAUAAAAUAAAGCUGAAAAGCAGUAUUUUGUGUAGACAAGAAGAUGUCGAUUACGAUGUUAUAGAAAACUUUUGUAACGUUUUAAAAAAAAAUACAUCGUUUAGUGGAUACUUAGACAUAUCAUAUAACAAUUUAAAUGAAAUUAAUUUAUUUCAUGUUAUAUGUAGUGUAUAUGAAAAUAAAAAUAUUAGAGGGUUAAAUAUAAAAGGAAAUAAAAUUACAAAUAUGAUAUUUCAAAAAAUUUUAUUAAAUCUUGAACAUAAUAAUUUUGAAUAUUUGAAUAUACAAAGUACUCAGUUAAAUGAUCAACAAAUAAAAAAUAUUAUUUUUUCUACAUUAAACAAAAAAGUUCAAUCAUUAAAAUUACCUUUUUUAAAUAUCAACACAUUCCAAUAUCUUAUAAAAUAUUUAAUAUACAAUGAUUCAUUAAAGAAGUUGCACUUCUUUAUUACGUAUCAUAAUGAAACUAUAUCCAAGCAUACACAGAAUAAUGAAAAUGUUAUUAGCAAUUACCAGAAUUAUGUCCAUAGUUUAAGAAAUUUAUUUAAGCAGUUUAUUCAAGUGGUUGAAGACAAAGCGAACAUAAAAAAUGUCAAAUGUAAAAUGAAUUUUCACGAUGAUGAAAUUGAGGAAAUGAUAAGUUUCAUUAACUCUGUUUGUGAAAAGCAUAAAAGGAACUCUGAAAAGGAUCAAAAGAUGAAUGAGCACAUAAUGCGAGUAACUCCUUUGGAAAAGAUACAGUUGCUCAUAUCGGACAUAAACGGGACGACUAAGCAUAUUGAAAAAUUUGAAAAAGAAGUUCAAAUGACGUUUGACAAGGAUGUAAUAACAUUUCUUCAAAAAAUGUUACCUUAA